CCUGUCGCUCACUCACUUCCCAACUUCAGUGUGAAGAGUUGGAGUUCAGACCGAGCCGGAUCACUCAGCAGCCAGCAGGAAAGAAUGGGAGAUUGGAGUUUCUUGCAGAACCUGCUGGAAAGUGCCCAGCAGCACUCCACUGUGGUAGGGAAGGUGUGGUUAACGUGUCUCUUCAUCUUCCGCAUUCUGGUGCUCGGGACAGCCACCGAUAAAGUCUGGGGAGAUGAGCAGUCCUUCUUCACAUGUGACACCAAACAGCCCGGCUGUCAGAAUGUCUGUUACGACAGGAUCUUCCCCAUCUCCCACAUCCGCUUCUGGGUGCUGCAGAUCAUCUUCGUGUCCACCCCAACCCUUGUCUACCUGGGCCAUAUUUUCUAUCUGGUGCAAAUGGAGGAGAAACGGAAGCAGAAGGAGAAAGAGAAGCUGAGCAGAUACCUAGGUGGAGACAAGGAGGCAUUGACACAGAAUGCAGGGAACAUUAAAUGUCCAUUGCUGGAUGAACAUGGCAAAAUUAGAAUGCAAGGAGCUCUUCUUCGUACAUAUUUGUUCAACAUUAUUUUCAAAACCAUUUUUGAAAUUGGCUUUAUAUUAGCCCAAUAUUAUCUCUAUGGCUUUGAGCUGAAACCUCUCUACAAGUGUAACUACCAACCUUGUACUAACCCCGUUGACUGUUAUAUCUCCCGUCCAACCGAAAAGACAAUUUUCAUCAUAUUCAUGCUGUCCAUGGCUUGCCUUUCACUACUUUUGAACCUAAUUGAAGUAUGUCAUCUGGGUGUGAAAAAAUUUAGAGAUAGGGUCAAGGAAAAUCAUGAAUCAAAGGCCUGUAAGCAAAAUGGGGUGCUCUCACUUGAGGGAAUGUGGCCCUCUGCCCCGAGUUACCAAUACUUUUCCAACCAUGGUGGACCACAGCUGGACAAGAUGGAGUCAGGGUUCAGUGUCUCUCCCUUGACAGAAACAAACUCUGUGACCCAGCCUUACAAUGGCAACAGGGCAACAAAGCAAAACCAAGACAACUUUGCUAUGAUGGAUGACAAACAGGAGAGUCAGGAGGAGACAAGCGCACUUCCCAGUAGCCAAGUUUCUGUGACCAACAAACGGAAGAAUAGUGACACGAGCAAACAGAGCAAUCGGACCAGAUCCGAUGAUUUAGAAAUCUGAGUUUCUGACUGCUUACAUGAUGAGCCACUGACUAAAGAGAUCAUUCCACUUGAAUUUCAAAAGAGAAGCUCACCCCAAAAACUGAAUCCAGCCACCAAUGGGAAAAUUGUCAAAGUGUUAAAUUGACCAACAUGACAAAGUAGAUACAAAGCUCUUACAUCAACACCAGAAUAAGGUGUCAGUUAUAUUUGAUUUGAUGCAUUGCAUUGUUAAAAUCAUUUGCUUUCUCCAUAUAAAAACAUUAGUGUCAAUGAUAUAUAGAGCAAAAUUGCUUUUUGAAAAAGGUGACAUUUCAGAAAUCCUUUGUUCCCAUGAUUUUAUGUGGGAAAAUCUGAUAUUCUCCCUGUUUUCGUUAACAAGAAUGCUCAGUUCACAUGGAGUUCAAAGGACUAAACUUUAUUUAAAAUUCCUAUGAAUCCUGAAACAUUUAUAGGGUUAUUUUCAUAAUCAAAAAGGAUUUGUGAAAUUCCUUUAUGUGAGGCAACUGGAAUUUGUCAUUUUUGUUACAAUUAAAUCAUUGUUAAUUAUCAAACACAUUAAUGUACUGCCAAGCUUUGGCAUAAUUUCCAUGAUCAUAUAUAUAUUGGUGGAAAACAAACUGAUUCCCUAAAACUCUUCCAAUGAAGAUUGUGCCUCCUUGAAUGCAUAAAUCAUGAAAAUGUUCAAGAAUCGAAGAAGCCAUUUGACCUAAUCCAAUAACCCCUUUUGAUAGAUAUACCCUCCCUUCCCUCACAAACUUAAUUUGCUUCAUUCUUCAAAUUCAAGUCUUAUUGGACUGGCUCUUUCAGUCAGUAGUGAAUAAACACAGUUGUCAUUCAUUACACUUAAAUUUGACCAAAGACUCACUGGCAUGUGGUUCUUAUGGCAUUAUAGUAAUCUUCCUACCUCUGAGCCAAGUAUUUUGGGUUCAAGAUCUCCAUGCUAAGAAGUGUAUCAUAACAUCUCUGAACUUUUUGAUCAUUAGGAAAAAAAUAAACUCUCUGGGGGAUUUUGCAUUGAUGCUUAGAAAGCUAUUUUGAUACAGUGGAUCUGGAAUUUGCAAAAAUGAAGUAAAGAACUAUUAUUUCCUUAACUCAUUGGAAACAUGCAGAGACUAAACUAGGAACUGUCAGAACAUAAAAUAAAACGAAAGAAAGGAAAUUCUGAUUAAAAAUGAAAAAUAAAAAAAACUGGAAUAUAAUAAUUUUAAAAAUUCCUUUUUAAUUUUAUCAGUGUCCCAAAAUUUUUUUAAAUGGGAGUAAAAGUGAAUUUUCAGGGCCAGAGAGGUUGUUUGAUAAUAAUUGAGAAUGAACAGGUCAUUAAACAUUGUUAUACUAAAAUGCACAAGCCUUUUUUUUUUUGUUUGUGAUUAUAAUGGGUAUCUACCAUGUAUGUACUGUAAUUUCACAUGAUUCCAUAUCUUUUCAAUUCCAAGUUUGUUGGCAAACCACUGUUCCAGAAAAGUGCCUGGAAAAGCAGAGUAACUCAGACAACAAUAUCUUCUUUCUGCACAUAAUCACAGAUAUGGAGUAUCUGCAAGCAGUCUAAUUUAAUUUUCAAUAGUGGUCAGUAUCAAUAGCCUUACGUUUCUCACUAAAUCCAGGUCAAUGUCUUUUGAACUUACAGGUACUUAUGCUGUUUGUAUAACAGCAUCUGCCCUCGUAAUUUAUUCUCCACUUUGCUAUUACCUUCCUACCUUCCACAUGAUUUUUCUUCCCGCCAGAACCGUUACACACACAGAUUUUCCGCAGGAUUGCUUGAGCACUUUUUUUAUUUCGCCCAAGAAUCUCGGUCAGCUCAUGAAUCCCAAAUGGAAAACAAAAAAAAACCCAAAGAAUUGUGGAUGCUGGACGAUGGA